AUGGCAGCUCUCCUCUGCAGACUGGGAGCACCGGGGGGCGCGGGGUGGCGACUCGGGGCCGGUCGGAGCUCCCUCUCCGGCCGGGGGUCCGGCCGGGGGUCCGGCCAGGGCCGGAGCCAGCGCGCGCUGACGGGGCACGCGCAGGCGGCCGGCCCCCCGGAGGUGGACACACAGCGGCUAGAGGGGUCAGACGACGGCAUCGUGGAGGUGCUGAUGUGCAGACACAGAGCUAGAAAUGCCCUGGGCCACGUGUUUGUGUCACAGAUGAGGGAGGUGGUGUCCAGUCUGUCCGGUGACUCUGCAGUGAGAGUGGUGGUCUUCAGGAGUGCGGUGCCGGGGGUCUUCUGUGCCGGCGCCGACCUGAAAGAGAGAGCCCUGAUGAGCAACGCCGAGUCCGACCUGUUCGUUCACGGCCUCCGCUCCCUCAUGACCCAAAUAGCCGCUCUGCCCAUGCCCACCAUCGCCGCCCUGGACGGCGCCGCCCUGGGAGGAGGACUGGAGCUGGCCCUGGCCUGCGACCUGCGCACCGCUGGCGUGGCGGCCUGGCUGCGCGCCGGCGAGCGGGCGUAUUCCGCGCAGAUGGGUCUGAUCGAGACCACGCGGGGGCUGCUCCCGGGGGCAGGGGGCAGUCAGCGGCUGCCGCGGAUGGUGGGCAUCACCCUGGCCAAGGAGCUCAUCUUCACAGGGAGACGUGUGGGAGGGCAGGCGGCUCUGGAGAUGGGCCUGGUGAACAGAGCGGUGGAACAGAACCAGACGGGAGACGCCGCCCACAGAGAGGCGCUCAGCCUGGCCAGAGAGAUCCUGCCCCAGGUCAGCGCGCACACACUCACCCCCUCCUUCUGCCCCGCCGCCCGCGCAGGUGUGUGUGGGAUUGUCCUUCAGGAGGGCUCGCGGCCUCUUCCCCUCUCUCCCGAGCAGCUCAUCUGUUCUUCUUCUCUCUUGCUUCCUCUUUCUCUCCACCCUCCCUGCCUCUAUCUCCAGGCCUCUGCUCCUAUUGCUGUGCGGAUGGCAAAAGAAGCAAUGAACAGAGGCACUGAGGUUGACAUUGGGUCAGCGAUGGCCAUUGAGAGGAUGUGUUAUGCUCGGGUCAUCCCCACGCGGGACCGACAGGAGGGCAUGGCAGCCUUCAUGGAGAAGAGACCUCCCCAGUACACAGGGGAGUAGACACAGCGCACCCACAUGCCCGCAUCACUGCCCUCACCUCUCAAUGAAUUCAGGCCAAAUUAGCUUAGCAGCCACCAGCUAUCGAUUCUGUCCGGGUGCCCCCAGCGUAGGGACACCGGCUCGGGCCAGGCUGAGUGCACAGUGGGGGCUGUUUGCUUUGGCCAGGACGAGGUUGCCUGAGCUCAUUUUUAUUUGAUACAAGACGUUAUUUUGACCUCUUUGACUUUUGUUAUGUUCUGUACUUCAAUAGAAUGGGGGGUCAAUAAAAAUGCAACAUCCCCAAUUUAUGGCAAUGUACAUUCUUUUAUUUCCAAACCUUACAUGACUGAGCAGCAACGUGGCACAAACAUACAAUGUCUUGGCUUUUUAUGUUUGAAUUGAAUUCAUUUAAAAAAAACAAAAAAAAACUGGCCUUUAUUCAG